AUGGGUGGGAGUCACACUAGCGAUAGCGAUAGCUCCAAAUACCUCACCUCGCAUGAAAAUAUGGACCGGCCGAAAAAAAUAAAACCAAUUGACACCCUUGCCAUCACCCAGUCGUUGGGGCUCCAAACCUUCCGCAAACAGUCCCGCCGUGCAUGGUCCAAAGAGGACGAUGAGAUGCUCCACAGUAGUCUAACGCAACUAUAUCCGAAUCUGAUCGCCACGCCGGCGUUUGACGCAAACAAAGUCGACUGGGAUGCAGUCGCGAAGGUCUUCGGAGACGCCCGGAAGGGGAAGGAGUGUAGGAAGCGAUGGUCUGCGUCGCUAGAUCCGAAUCUUCGACGGGGAAGAUGGACGGAGGAAGAGGACCGGUUGUUGAUGGAACAGUAUAACGAGUAUGGUCUGCUUUGGCAGAAGAUUGCGCGCAAUAUCCAGGGUCGCACAGAGCACCAGUGCUCGAAACGGUACCUGGAGAUACUAGAUCCCGCGCUGCGGAACCGGUUGAAGCCGUGGCUGGAGGACGAGGAUUUGUUGUUGGUGCGGUUGGUGCUGCAGCAUGGAACCAAGUGGAAGACCAUUGCGCUGGAGUUGAAGCUGCGGCCGCCGCUCACUUGUAGAAACCGCUGGCGGAAUCUAGUGACGGCGAUUGCGCGCGGCAGGGCGGCGCCGCGGAUCGUAGAGAUGAUGUCAAAUGUUGUAGACGGCGAUAUCAAGAGUCAUUUCGCUGUGCUUUCGCUGGAGGGUGCCAUGGGAGAUGGUCUGGGUGAGAAUGCAAAUCCACUCCGAUACUCUCUUCUGAAUCUGAAUCUGAAUCUGCAUCUGCAUCUGCAUCAACACCAGCACCAGCACCUUCAGAAUGAUCUCGAUACUGUCGAUGGCAUGGAGAAACAAUUUGCGGCGCCACCAUUCGAUGCUGUCCGCGACGCGGCUCUGGGAAGCUAUAGCAUAAAACAAGAGUACGCUGGCGAACUCGAAACAGAGCCAGGUUCUUCAUCGGCUUUCAAUGGAGCCUCUGGCGCCAAUGAUCCCGCUGGAAUCCAUGCAGAUUACCAGACAUCGCUGUCCAUGAGCAUUGACUCGCCAGUCUCGAAUGGGGGUACUGGUCUAGGCGCUGCGAACAAGCCCACUUUGUCAGGAGCCAUCCCGUCACGGAGCGAAACCGAAUGGGCUUAUUCGCUUCUGCAGAAACAAGGUACCACUGGCAAUUCUACUGCUGGGCAGGCUGAAUUCAGUGGAACCAUUCUGUCUGAACAGUUUGUGCAUUAUCUAGUACAACAUGCCUCCAAACACAAUUUGGACAUCAACGUUUAUCACCACGUGCAUCACCACUACCUGAACCAUGCUGUCGACCAACCAGGUCUGUACCCCGAUGAAGGCCAGAAUUCAUACGCUUCUGUGAUAAAGUUCAUGGACCUCGAGGCCCAAAGAAAACGAAAUCAACAUUUCAACUACUUGCCUCCCCAAACAGAGGUUCCCAGACUCACUUCUUCAACAGUUCCAGCACCACACUCUAGCACACAUCAUCAUCACCAUCACCACCAUCACCAUCACUCAGGGGAUGUCAACACAGCAGCCGCCGAGAAAGGACAGUCUGAUCAGAUCUUGAACUUAUCCAAGGAUCCGCUGCAUAUGCAUACGCCAAAUUCUGCUGAAAAACUCGUCACAGAGCCACUCGUGGAAUUCGAUCAGUUUGAGCUGUUGGAGCCUGUUUCCAAGAAAGCAAAAAUCAACAACGCGGCAGAUGAAGAAGAUGAAAUGGAGUUUUUUGAAUCGUUGCGUCACCUCGGAGGCCGCGCCACUGGUGAUAAGCUCAAGCUCAAUGGAACCGCCUUAGCCAAUGACGAAGACAUGGCCGAUAGGCCGGUCUCACAACAUCAUCCACUUCACUAUUCCAAGAGAAGCUCCAAUGUUGUAGGUGCAGAGACUCUGCUUUUUGAUGACGAAGACGAAGAUAUGCUUGACAGUUAUGGACUAUUCUACCAUCUCUACACAGACCCUGUGGUUGAAAAGCCUUCAGAUGACCUGCCGCCCUUUGGGGCAAUUCCCUUUAAUCCCUCGUAA